AUGGGUUCCCAGACACCUCCCAAGCUUCCGACUGUAAAUUUCAGUACUGAAAACAUCAAGCCUGGCUCAAGUUCUUGGAUUGCAAUGUGCAAUGAUGUCCGGCAGGCAUUUGAAGAUUAUGGCUGCUUUGUGGCAGUGUAUGAUAAAAUUGGGCAUGAGGUUAUUCCCCUCUAUGAGAGCAUGGGCAUCAGUAAUGCAGCAACUCUUGAAGAAACUCGAAGUUUCACAAAUCUCAUGUGGUCAGCUGGGAAUGACCUUUUCUGUGAAACUUUGUAUUCAUAUUCAAAGCUAGUGUCAGAAUUAGAACAAGUGGUGAAGAGAAUGGUAUUUGAAAGCUAUGGUGUAGGGAAGUACUAUGACUCUCACAUUGGAUCAACCACUUACCUUCUUUGA